ACAAUCGCGAACAAAGACGAUGCAUUCAAAACGCAUCCGGUGAACCUGCUGAAUGAGAGGACUCUGAAGGGUACUUUCUUCGGCAACUACAAGCCUAGGACCGAUAUUCCUGCUGUCGUCGAGAAAUACAUGAACAAGGAACUUGAAUUGGAUAAAUUCAUCACUCACUCGGUUCCAUUCUCGGAGAUCAACAAGGCAUUUGAGUUGAUGCUUGCGGGUGAGGGUCUGAGAUGUAUGAUUCGCAUGGAUGCUUAAAGGAUGAAGCUUUGUCAAUGGAUUGA